CCGGGUUGUCAAACAGCAAAGUUUUUCCGGAUCCUCCAUGUAAACUGUCAGCUGGGGGAGAAGCUGGGAAACAUCAAAGAAGUAGGGCAGCAGGAGGAGAAAAUCAUCCAUAACCAGCAUCUGAGCAUCGACACCCCCCAUCUCCAUCCGCACGUCCGCCUCGAAAGUAAAACGGAAAUAUAAUCGAACCGCAGCUAACAUCGGGGGCACAUUACAUGAGAUAGUUGGGAUCUGAAGACAUAAGACAUCCUGAUGAAAAAAGCAACCUGCUGAGCCUGUCUUCAAGGUUUUUUUUGUUUGUUUGUUUGUUUGUUUGUUUGCCAUGGUGAUGAUAAAAGCAUCAGUCACUUUUCAAUAAGCCAGCAGGAAAACACUCCUUUUCCAGAGUUGUUUUUUGUGACAUUCAGCACUUAAACACUUUGCUCUCAAGGUGACUGGUGCAACCAUGCAUUUAGAAGUGAAGGUUGCCCUCAACUUCAUCGUGUCCUAUCUGUACAACAAGCUGCCUCGGCGUCGAGCUGACUUAUUUGGAGAGGAGUUGGAAAGGAUACUCGUGUCACGUUUUGAAGGGCACUGGUACCCCGAGGCUCCUUUACGAGGUUCCGCAUUUCGCUGCAUUCACCUGGGAGCACCAAGGGACCCUGUGGUAGAGUUGGCUGCCAAGAGAAGUGGACUAGACACAGAGGAGGUACGUGCAAAUGUUCCUGCAGAGCUCAGUGUGUGGAUUGACCCUUACGAGGUUUCCUAUCAGAUUGGAGAAAAGGGGGCUGUUAAGGUGCUCUACUUGGAGGAUCCUCCUGGCCUGGGGUGUGAGAGUGACAGGGCAGAAGGAGUGGUUAGGGAAGAUAAAGAAGACACAGAGGUGGAAGAGGCCAAGAAUGUGGGUUUCAACCCAGAAGCUCAGGUGUUUGUGCCAGUUGGAAACCAGGCAUCCCCUGCUGUAAUGCCCCCACUCUCUAGCUCUCCUACACUGCUGUCAGCACAGUCCUGCCCCGGACUCUUCACCUACCCCAGCUCAAGCACGCCCACAGACCCUGCUGUCCACUCCUCCAAUACCUCCACCCCUUCUCCUCCAAAUGGUGGGCUGCCGUUCCUCUCUGCUCAGCAAACACCCUCAGCUCUACCCUCUGCCCGUCCUCAACCAAUCACCUUCACCACUGCCAGCUUUGCUGCCACUAAAUUUGGCUCCACCAAGAUGAAGAAAUGCAGUGCAUCGGGGUCAGCAGCUAGCUCCACCGUGCCUCCCACCCAAAGGAUGCUCUCCCGCUCUCCUACCACCAUCUCAGCACCAGAGCUUCUGAAGUACAAGCCCUUGUCUCUUUCCUUGCACUCCCUCGGCGGCCCUAUUACCGCUCAGCUGUCCCCUAAUGCCAAAGAGUUUGUCUAUCCAGGAUCUCCAGGACCCCUUUACUUUGAUGCUGACACCCAACCCCUGCAACCUCACGCUGGCCCCUUUCAACCGAAUCACUCCCUCAGCUCCCAUCCAUCAUUUGACCCCUUCUCGAGCCCUCCUCCAGCUCAGAGUGUGGGCAUUGUCGGCAACAGUGGGGGAAUGUCCUACAUGGAGAAGCCAUCAUUUGUGGAAGGUUUAGGAAGCUACAACCUACAAUAUCCUAGCCAGUCCUUCCAGCCUGUUGUACUGGCCAACUAAGCCUUCAUUUGACAUGAGAAUCACUGUAGCAAGAGAUGGG